AGGGGCUAUUGGAGUGAGCGGCUGUCCGGCUGGCCGGUCGGCAGGUCUGUGGCCGGUGGGCGGUGGGCGGUAUUCGGCAGGUCGGCAGGCGGUGGUCGGUGGUCGGCAGGUCGGCAGGGCGGUGGGUGUGGGCCGACACUCGGUGUUUUGUUUGGAACUCUCCAUCCGCUGUCAGACGGCUGAUUCACCCGCUGUCAGACGGCUGAUUCACUCACCGUGCUGCUCGUCGGUGUCGACUUUACCGACGAAGAGAGAGUCGAGCCGCGUCGGACCGAGAGGGCGGGGAGAGUCGGGCUGCCGCUGAGCGAGAGUGAGGAGUGGACGGACUGUGGACUCAGAGGACGGACAAUACUACAAGUAAAACGAUGAACGCGUCGACCGCCUAUACGACGGCCUGCCGGGCCCCACAGCAGCAAAAUGUCAAACACGUCAUACCGGUACACGAGGCGGCAGCACAGGCCUAUCAGAACGACCAGCAGAUGUCCCAGCGUGUCCCUGUGCGGGCGCGCGGUGACCUCAAGUGGCCUCCGGCCCCCUACCGAAAACAGCCGGGCGACGACCUGCCCGCCCCGCGCACAGAGACCCCUCGGCUACCCAAAAAGGACUAUACACAGUUUUUCGCGCAGAACCGUCUUCCGGAGACCCACUGCGGCUACCGCGUGGCGCCGGGAGUCUGCCACAUCACCCCGGAGGAGGGGCGGUACCUGCCGAACAACACCACCUCCUUCUGAUCGGCAACACCACCUCCUUCUGAUCGGCAACACCACCUCCUUCUGAUCGGCAACACCACCUCCUUCUGAUCGGCAACUCCAGGUGGUGCUGACAUCCAUCUUAUCAGCGGCCAAAUCAGGAGAGGCUUCCUGAUCAGCGACGAAACUGUCGCGACAUCUAUAAAGGUGUGGCGGAUGCAGCAGCGACAUAAUGCAACGGUAUGGCGAAUGCAGCAACGACAUCUAUAAAGAUGCAGUUGCUGCAGCAGCGACAUCUAUGAUGGUGCAAUGGAUGCAGCAGCGACAUCUAUGGUGGUGUGGUUACUGCAACAGCAAAAGGUGGCUGCAGAAGCGACAUCUAUAAAAGCGUUGCGGCUGCAUCAGCGACAUCUGUGACGACGCGGUGGCCGCGGCUGCGACAAAUGCUGCGCAGGGAUGAACAUAACGCAAGCAAGCUGCCUAUUUCGUUAUGGUGUUUAUUGCAGUGUGCUUCUGCUUCUUAUCGGCGGAGUACGACGGAGUUUGUAUGUAUGAACUCAUGUGGCCCGGUGGAUAAUGCUGAGAGGGGAGGCCAGUCCGUUAUAUAGCGUUGUGCAAUCCCGCCGCUAUUCACCGAUGACUCUAAAACGGACGUGAUUUUCGCGGCCUUGUAACUCGCUGACGGGCGCCACAUAUGCGUGUCUCGAAGAUAUUUAGGCGAUAAUCAAAAUACCACCUCAGUUGGUGAUGUGGCCGCUAUCCAUGGGCCGCCGGAUCACUUGGCCCAGUUAUUGUGCUGCGUUUGCCUUCGUCAGUCAAGCAUAAGUUAAAAUAUUGCUUCGCUGGUUAUCCGGAGUGAGAACCUCAUGCAGCAAACAUGCCUUCAUUGCCCUUCAGCUCGUUAGGAGCAGCCAGGCAUUUUGAGGUGCUCUGAUUGCGAUGGUGUGCCAACUGCCAACUCGUCUGGUCUAGCCGCGGCAAAGUGAAUUUGAAACGUCUAGUUGGUAGAGUCCUUUUAGCGAAAGAAUAAGAAGAGUCCAUGAGCAGGAUUUUGGCGAUUUCCAACGCGCGAUGCCGUGCUGAGUCCUGGCUGCUUUCCGGCCCAACUAUCCGGGCUUUUUGUAACGUGCUGUGGCCUCUCCCAGACGGUUUGAAAUACAAACUAACUUGGUGA